AUGACACUUAAAAAUGCUAUUAGUGACAUACUCUCACAUCAUUGCCUUGAUAUCCAAAAUAUUCGUGGCCAAGGAUAUGAUGGUGCUAGUAACAUGCGUAGUGAAUGGAAUGGAUUGCAAGCAUUAUUUCUUAAUGAAUGUCCUUGUGCUUAUUAUGUGCAUUGUUUUGCCCAUCGAUUACAAUUAGCCUUGAUUGCUGCCUCUAAGGAAGUUUCUUCUAUUUAUCAAUUCUUCCAGAAUUUGAAUUUCAUCAUUAAUAUUGUCACUGCUUCUUCUAAACGUCAUGAUCAAUUCCAAGCUGCCCAAAUUUUUGAAUUUGAACAUUUGCAAGCUAUUGGCGAGCUUGAAACUGGUACAGGCUCAAAUUACUCUCAAAGAGGGGAUGCUACAACAGCUUAUAAGAUGAUCACUUCUUUUGAGUUUAUAUUUAAUUUACUUUUGAUGAAGGAGAUCAUGGGCAUCACUGAAAUUCUUUGUCAAGCCUUACAACAAAAAGCUCAAGAUAUUUUGAAUGCUAUACAUUUAGUUUCAAGUACAAAGGAACUUAUUCAAGAAUUACGAGAUGGUGGUUGGAAAAGAAUACUUGAAAGUGUUGUCAAUUUCUCCAAGCUUCAUGAGAUAGAUGUUCCAGAUUUUGAUGCUCAAUAUAUUGAAGGUCGUGGCCGUCGACAACAUGAACAAAUAACUAUUGAGCAUCACUAUCAUUUUGAUAUUUUUAAUUCAACCAUUGACUUUCAGUUACAAGAGUUAAAUAGAAGGUUUAACGAGCAAACAAUGGAACUUUUAUCACUUAGCUCUUCAUUAGAUCCGAAGAAUGGUUACAAAGCAUUCAAUGUUGAUGAUAUUUGUAGCCUUGCAGAGAAAGACUAUCCUCUUGAUUUUUCCGAGCAAGAGAGAAUUAUUUUGAAUUGUCAAUUGAAGCAUUUCCAAAAGGACAUCCCAAAACAUCCAAAACUUCAAAAUUUAUCUUCAAUUUUACAUCCUUCAAUAUAG